GUAUUCAAUUGAACUAGUUCACAACAGACGUUUGCUCAUCGACAAAUUUGUUUGCUUUGUGAUUAGCUUUAACUUUAACUUAAUAUCAGUAGGAAACAUCAAUAGAAUAAGAACCAUCAAAUAUCGACAUCAUGGCGUCGACAUCCUACAAGAACAAAACUGUAAAGUUGAUCAAAUGUUUUUGCGGCUGCUCUGAUAUGACAGUUGAGGAAGUGCAGCGCAUUUACACACUCACCAACGAUGUGCAUCAAACACUGCUGGACACGGAUGCCACCAGAUUACUGCAUCGCUAUUUGGAACAACAACGAGCUGGCGACAAGAAGGAGGUCGAACAGUUCCUAGAUAUUUAUGAAAAGUGCGCCGAAUAUUUGCAGGAAACGCAGCGAACUUUUGCCCAGGAUGAAAUUGAGGAAUUGAUUGACUUGGGAUUGCCUUACGAUUUGGAACAGGAUCUGACGCGGCGCACACUUAAUGGGCAACGUUCCGAGAUUAAUCUAGGACUUUAUCGCAUUCAGGGCAAGUGCCGCAAUGAGAUUGAAGCAAGCAGCGAUUUCAAAGACUUUCGCAACGCAAUUCUCGCUAAGAUGCGCCGAGUGCCUAAAUGAUUCCACUUUCAGUUCAGAGAACGGUGCCUUUUUUAGUGUUCACAUGACAGUACCAAAGUGUAGAAGAAACCGCACGAAACCUCAACAGAUCCCAGCGCCUUUUCUGUAAUUUCUCCUCACGCGAGUCACAAUGCUUAGUCAUUGGUUUGCAAACGAACCCGUCUUUUUAGUCGCUUUAAAUAGUUAUAAGUGUU